AUGAUACCUGUUGGUCCACGAGUCUCAAAGGAGGAAUUCAUGCAGGCGCUGGGACUGAACCCGCAUGAUCCACAGCAUGAACAAUAUUACCGGGCCAUGCGAGACGAAGCUAUUAUGGUCUAUAACCGCAUGAACCAAGACACCUCCCAUCUGCUCGACAGCGUGCGCGCAGACCCCAACAUGCGUCCUCCGUUCUUCUGGCACCAUAUCCGCCCGGAUCACCAGCGUUGGGCAAUCAUGGAGAUCUGGCAGAACUCAGGGCCGCUGACCCGCCCAUUGUUUGAUCGUGGCGGUACAAAUGGGGAGUACGGGCCCAACUGGGUGGCUGGAUGGUUGCUGUACAGCGUGUUUCGCUCGCGGGACGUGAGGAACAAUCGCAAUCGGCGAAAGGGUGAGAACACUGCGUCCACAGCCGAGGCUGAUAAGAUGGGCAAGCAGAUAGACGAGACUGCAUUGCCGAGGAAAGGAUACUAUGAUCCCGUGCGGAAUGGGACGCUCUAG